GAGCCACACCACCCUGGUGUCACGCAGGCCAGAGCUCUGAUUGGCCAGCGCUGGUCACACGCUCUCCCCCCUCAAGGCAGGACGGCCCCUCCCUGCACCCCACUCGGCUAGACUCAGAGGACAAGGCCAACGUCAUCACAGGAGGGAGAGAGCAAGGGCAGAGGGCAGGCCCUUCCCCAGGGUGCCGCAGUAGUGGGGAGCCAGGCCUCGGGUUAGAGGGAGGCAGAGGGCGGCACCUGGAGCUUCAGUUUUCUUGAAGAUCUCCCCGCUAGAGUAAGAGUCCUGGCUGCAGCACAUCCAUUCUCCACAGCCGCAAAGUGACGCUGGCCGUGGAGACCAUGGCCCACUGGUGCCAGAGCCGGAGAGCGGGUCCGGAUCCGUCUCCAAGUUUCUCCUUCCAGGAACUGAUGUCACACGGGCACAUCUGCGGGGCUCCUUUGGUAAUGACCUCAGUCGGGGUGAAGUAAUGAAUGCGCCAUCAGCCGGGAGUCCGCACUGCGCAGUGUUCUUGGGCGUGCGCGACACCGACGUCACAGAGGCCGGAAGCUUCUAGAACCCAGAGGUGUCAUCCUCAGAGCUGGUCUCCGGGACACCAGGUGGGCCGCGCUGUCCCCGGGAGCCACUUCCGCUUGAGGCCCUGAGUCUGGCCACAGCAGGCGCCGCUCCCACCGCGCCACCGGCUCCCCGGGUGGCUCCGGAGAUGCCCGAGGGGCUCCCGUGCCGUCCCACGCGGGACUCGGCGGCGCGCGACAGCUGGAGGUAGGGGCGGCCAUGGCGCGGUCGGCGUGGGCCCGAGUAGCCCCGGUGGCCCUGGUGGCCCUCUGGCUGGUCCUGUCCCCGUCGUCCGCGGACGCGCAGGUUAACCUGAGCUCCGUGGACUUCUCGGAGCUCCCGGCGCUCCUCGGGGUCCCCUUGGACCCCCAGGGCGCACGCAGCUACCUGCUGGUGGCCAGGCCGGCCGACGCCUGCCUCGCCAUCGAGAGCCCCGGGCCCGACAACAACUCACAGGACCCACUCGUGCUGGUCCGGCCCCUGGGCUGCAAGUGGGAACGCACGGGGCGGCGCGCGCUGAGGGCUGGAACCACAGCAGCCUCCGCGCGCACUGAGGACCCAGGGCAGCAGCUGCGCGUGUACGACGACCUGGAGGUGACCGUGCGCUGCGACCGGCCGGCGCGCGUCCUGCUGCCCCACGGGGGACCCUGUCCGGACCCCGAGUGUCACCCCGCCGUGGCAGCGUCCUGGGCGCUCGCUCGAGCCCUGGCCCUGGCCGCGUCCACGCUGUUCGUGCUGAGGCAGCUGUGGCCGUGGAUCCGGGGCUGGGGGAGCCGGGGCACCACGGUGAAGACGCAGACGUGCCAGAAGGCGCAGGUGCGUACGUUCACGCGCCUCAGCGACCUGUGCGCCAUCUGCCUGGACGACUACGAGGAGGGGGAGCGGCUCAAGAUCCUGCCGUGCGCGCAUGCGUACCACUGCCGCUGCAUCGACCCCUGGUUCUCGCGCGCCGCGCGGCGCUCGUGCCCCCUGUGCAAGCAGUCGGUGGCCAGCACGCACGACGGCUCCACGGACAGCAGCGUGGGCGGCGACGAUCCACCCCUGCCCGAACACUGCCCACCCAUCUGGGCCAUCCAGGCCCGGCUGCGCUCCCGCAGGCUCGAGCUGCUAGCCCGGACAGUCCCCUGCCGUCGCUGCAGCAGCACCACGUCCCUGGGCAUGGCCGAGAACGUGGAGCCGUCAGAAGAGACCUACGAGCCCUCCUGACCCCAGCUGCUGCGGGGAGGGGCGGACACUAGGAAAGGGGUGCGGGUGGGUAGUGCCCAAUAAAGUGUGUUUGAAUCUGGA